AUCUGCCUGAGACAGGACUUUCUGCUAUGUAAGUCUGUCUCAUGACAUGUCUUCAAAGGGAGUUUACUGCAGUUCUUUAUUCUAAAAAGGUUGGUGAAAGAAGAAUUAUUUUUUGUAGAACUCUUUUUCAUUUGGUGUUGUGGAAAAUAGGAAUGGACCAAUCACCCUAUUUGUAAUACUAGGAAACAUUUUUUCUCUGUUCAUGCCUGUCAGUGUUAAAAAGAAAAGAAGCUCCCGUGAAUAUUCCGAGAACAAAAUGAAAAGACUCAUUUUUCUGAUGCAGAUUUCGUAAGUGGGUGAUAGAAAUAGACUGCUGGGAUAAUCGACACCACAACUCAUCCUUAUGGGCUGUCUGAACUACACCAGCGGAAAUGAGACUUUGCCUGGCUGGCACCUUAAUACUGUGCAGACCUCAGUGCCUGUAACGGUAUUGGUGGCAGUCCUUUUCUUCUUAAUUGUGUUUGGAAAUGUCAUGGUGGUGAUUGCUGUGACGACAAGCAGAGCACUGAGAGCUCCUCAGAACUUGUUUCUGGUAUCUCUGGCAUGUGCGGACAUCCUGGUGGCCACCUUAGUGAUGCCAUUCUCUUUAGCAAAUGAACUGAUGGGUUAUUGGUACUUUGGUAAAGUGUGGUGUGAGAUCUACCUGGCUCUGGAUGUUCUUUUCUGCACCUCAUCCAUCGUUCACCUGUGUGCCAUCAGCCUCGACAGAUACUGGUCCGUCACCCAAGCGGUCAAGUACAACCUGAGAAGGACACCACAAAGGAUUAAAUGCAAGAUCAUCAUAGUGUGGGUACUAGCAGCCAUCAUUUCCUUCCCUCCACUUAUUACAAUGAAAAAUUACGAGGACAGAAAAGACAGCCCUGAAUGCAAAAUUACUGAGGAGAAGUGGUACAUCAUAUUCUCCAGCACUGCCUCUUUCUUUGCACCUUGCAUCAUUAUGAUUAUGGUGUAUGUCAGAAUCUAUCUGAUUGCGAAAAGAAGAACAAGAGCACCGCCAGGGGAACGACACAAAGAAUAUGGCAAUUCUGGCAACGCAGAGAGAAAAGAUGGAGGAGAGGAGGAGGUCAAUGAGCAAGACGAGGAGGAGGAACCCUACUCAUCUGAUGGCAAUGAAACCACGCUAUGUUCCAUGAAGAAGAAGAAGGGCAUCAAGACUAAAGUGGCUCAGGUGAAGCCAGGGCAAAGCUCUCCAAAGCCAGAGGCUCCCCAGUGUGUGGGAGUGAGCCGGUGGAAAGGAAGGCAGUACAGAGAGAGGCGCUUCACAUUUGUUCUGGCUGUGGUCAUGGGAGUGUUUGUUCUCUGCUGGUUCCCCUUUUUCUUCACAUACACACUCACUGCUGUGUGUGACACCUGCUGUGUGCCAGAGACGCUGUUUAAAAUGUUUUUCUGGUUUGGUUACUGCAAUAGCUCACUAAACCCUGUUAUAUAUACUGUAUUUAAUAAUGACUUCCGGAGGUCUUUCCAGAAGAUUCUUUGUAAAAGAGGAAGAAGAGUAUUGUAAAUAAUUUCAUAUGUACACAUUAACAAACAUCAUGUAAAUAACAUAUG